CAAGCCGGAACGCGGAGGCGGGGCAGGGUGUAACCCGGCGGGGCAGGGAGUGGGCCGGUUCGGGAUAGGGGCCGCGCUCCCGGGAGUUGCUCCAGGCUGCGUGGUAGGAGGCCCGGUGGCACCGCCGCGGCCGCCUCCUCGUCGGGGAGAAGCAGCGCCUCCGCUGCGGUGCCCGGAGAAUGUGUGUGUGUCCCGGGCCCAGACGAAUUGGAAUUCCAGUCAAAAGUUCCAGCCUGCCCCUGUUCUCUGAUGCCAUGCCAGCACCAACUCAACUGUUUUUCCCUCUCAUCCGUAACUGUGAACUGAGCAGAAUCUAUGGCACUGCGUGUUACUGCCACCACAAACAUCUCUGCUGCUCACCCCCUUACAUUCCUCAGAGUCGCCUGAGAUACACACCCCACCCUGCAUAUGCCACCUUCUGCAGGCCAAAGGAGAACUGGUGGCAGUACACACAAGGAAGAAGAUAUGCUUCCACACCGCAGAAAUUUUACCUCACCCCUCCUCAAGUCAACAGCAUCCUAAAAGCUAAUGAAUACAGUUUCAAAGUGCCAGAAUUUGAUGGUAAAAAUGUCAGUUCUGUGCUUGGAUUUGACAGCAAUCAGCUGCCUGCAAAUGCACCCAUCGAGGACCGGAGAAGUGCAGCAACCUGCUUGCAGACCAGAGGGAUGCUUUUGGGGGUUUUUGAUGGUCAUGCAGGCUGUGCUUGUUCCCAAGCGGUCAGUGAAAGACUCUUUUAUUAUAUUGCUGUUUCCUUGUUACCCCAUGAGACUUUGCUAGAGAUUGAAAAUGCAGUGGAGAGUGGCCGGGCCCUGCUGCCCAUCCUGCAGUGGCACAAGCACCCCAACGAUUACUUCAGUAAGGAGGCAUCCAAAUUGUACUUCAACAGUCUGCGGACUUACUGGCAAGAGCUUAUAGACCUCAAUACUGGGGAGUCAACUGAUGUUGAUGUUAAGGAGGCUUUAAUUAAUGCUUUCAAGAGGCUUGAUAAUGACAUCUCCUUGGAGGCUCAAGUCGGUGAUCCCAAUUCUUUCCUUAACUACCUGGUGCUUCGUGUGGCAUUUUCUGGGGCCACUGCUUGUGUGGCCCACGUGGAUGGUGUUGACCUUCAUGUGGCCAAUACUGGCGAUAGCAGAGCCAUGCUGGGUGUGCAGGAGGAGGAUGGCUCUUGGUCAGCAGUCACUCUCUCUAAUGACCAUAAUGCUCAAAAUGAAAGAGAACUGGAACGGCUGAAAUUGGAACACCCGAAGAAUGAGGCCAAGAGUGUGGUGAAACAGGACCGGCUGCUUGGCCUGCUGAUGCCUUUCAGGGCUUUUGGAGACGUAAAGUUCAAAUGGAGCAUUGAUCUUCAAAAGAGAGUGAUAGAAUCUGGCCCAGACCAGUUGAAUGACAAUGAAUAUACCAAGUUUAUCCCUCCUAAUUAUUACACACCUCCUUAUCUCACUGCUGAGCCAGAGGUCACUUACCACCGAUUAAGGCCACAGGAUAAGUUUCUGGUAUUGGCUACUGAUGGGUUGUGGGAGACAAUGCAUAGACAGGAUGUGGUUAGGAUUGUGGGUGAAUACCUAACGGGCAUGCAUCACCAACAGCCAAUAGCUGUCGGUGGCUACAAGGUGACUCUGGGACAGAUGCAUGGCCUUUUAACAGAAAGAAGAGCCAAGAUGUCCUCAGUAUUUGAGGAUCAGAACGCAGCAACCCAUCUCAUCCGCCAUGCUGUGGGCAACAACGAGUUCGGGGCUGUUGAUCACGAGCGCCUCUCUAAAAUGCUUAGUCUUCCCGAGGAGCUUGCUCGGAUGUACAGAGAUGACAUUACAAUCAUUGUGGUUCAGUUUAAUUCUCAUGUUGUAGGGGCAUAUCAAAACCAGGAAUAGUAAGUUCAGGAAAUUCUCAAAUAAAAUAGAUUUAAAGGGCAGGUAGACUUCCAAAAGAUACUCAUAUAAUAAACCUUUCCAGUGGGUCAUUCUAAGCAUUUACCAUUGAUACUCUAGCUAGUUAGGUACUCAAAAUUGACUUUGCAGGUGGUAGGAUCAUGAGUCUUGUUCUGCCUAACUUAGACUUCACAGUAUCUGCACUUGAGGCAAGUCACUUCCUUAUUGCAGAUGGUUUGUGACAUUGGCUUUUAUCAAUCUGGGAAAAUCAGGAUGACCUGGCAAAUAGAUCUUGAAUAGGCCAAAAGCAAGGCUCUUGCUGGACAUAUUCUUUUGGUCAAAGGGGAGAAACAUUACUGUUCACACUUGCAGACCCAUUUCGCCAGUAAGAUUCCAAUGUAUGCAGGAAUGUUUACUUAUUGCAUGAUGUCCUAGAUAUACAAUCUAUGCAUUAUUCAUAUAAAUGUAUUUUAUUUAGCCUGAAGCAGUUUUCAAAUCCAGUACUUUAAGCCAUAAAUGACCGAAAACCAAGCAAUCUGAAUUUGUAAGUGUUCAUAAUUAUUUGACUGGAAUACUUCUUAAAUGGAAAAACUACUCACUUCCCACUUCUAGUUACUUAAUGUGAUUGAAACAUUUUCUAUUUUGGCACAUACUUGAAGAUAAUAAAUGUUUUUAGUUUUAUCUACCCUUAUAUUGAUGUCAAAUAAACUUUUUUAGUUUGUAUUAAUGAAGAGCUUUAUUUAGUUUGAAAUAAAAAGAUCGAGAAUUCCAAGAAGAGACAGAUAAGUUCAAUGAUUGUCAUUUGUAGCCACUGGCACAUCACGCUUACCAUGUAAUCCCCAGAAGCCUCACAUGUGUUGUGUAUGGUGGGUAGACUGCUGCCAGGAAAUCGUACUUCUCAUUUAGUAGUAGUAAGAAUCUUCAUCACUUUUGGAAUUUAAAGGAUAACAUAUUAAAUAAGUUUAAAUAGCAAAUUGGGGAGUAAGUUUAAAGAGUACCUUCAGGUAUUGAGACUGGGGAGGAAGUUGGUGUUUUUCUCCACUUAGACACAGGUCAGUUAAAAUAUUUGGUUUAAAAAUUACUAAAUGCUUUAAAUAUAUUAUACCUUAUAAAUAAAAACGUUAAGAUAUAUACCUGAGAAAUUUUAAAAGGUAACUUUUUUGCAUGCCUGAUGCUUAAUAGGACACUUAGUAGCAUCAAGUGUUGUUUGCAGCAGUCUCCUAAUUAUAUGCAGCCCCUUCUAAUGCUGUAUUCAAGUAAAUGAAAGUAAAUAUAUUCAAAUUGGCUAUUUGGGAGCUUAUUUGACAUGCAUCCAAUGGCAUUUUGUUCCUGUGUUUAAUGGUGAUAUGUGUACAGCUGUGCAUAUAUUUUCAUCACUUGCUCUAGCAUCACUGUUAAAAGAGUGGCUAUGACUAUGUUUAAUAUUCAUAUAGAUUUUAAUACAAAAUGUGAUCAGCUUUCCCUUGUGUAAUUUAAGUAUUUAGAAGUCCUUUUGGAUUUCUGUAGAAUAUAAGCUUGAUGUUCAAGGACUUCCUCGGACUGUGGACACUAAAGCAAUGUAGAACUGAUUAUAAAACUUGUUCCAAUUGAAAAAUAGACUCAGGAAGAUUACAGCUCAGAACAUCAUAUGUUUGUUUUUUGAGGUCAUUUUUCCCCCAUGUUUGUUUUUUCUUAAGUCAGCUUGGAACUUUUCUUCCAGGAAGCAUUUUGGAGCAGGAAAGCUGUACUAUAUAUUUAUUUCUAAAUGUUUUAAGAGACUUCAUCUUUCAAUGAAAUACAUGUAGAUUGCAGUAGCAAUUAAAACCCAUUUUCAGGCUGCUAUUUGAAUUUUUUCUUGAAUACCACCACUCAAGGGUUCUAUAUUAUUAUUACCUGAAGUCUCAUCUCUGUAUGUAUAUAGUAUACUAUAUAUAAAAUUAGUUCCUGUGGUCAUGAUCAAGAAAAAUAAUAAUUAUUGCACAAGAAACUUGGUCUGUGGUCCAAAGCCAGUCUACUCUCUGUAGACAUGAAAUGCAGUGUGGGGUGACAUGGAAAUGAAAAUAAUGGGAUGUUAGAAGUCUGAAUGUACUAUCAUAUAAAAGAGUUGUGGUUUUAUGGUAAUUGGUUGAUACUGUGAUGUGAUGUCUAGAAUUAAAUAAUACAUGUAAAUUUUCAUGGUCUUCAGCCUUUCUUAAACUUUUUAAAUUUAAACUUUCUAACAUGUAUCUAACCUGUAUUAUACUUAAUUAGUGGCCCAUAAUAUUUAUAAUGUACCCUUAACUAGUUAAAUGGAAUGGUGGUAUGGUUCACAGUACUUGGUAGGAAAAUUGUGUCUCAUAAAAGAUGUGUCUAUGUGAAGACCUGUGAAAAGUUUGUAACAUAGAGAGUGGUAAGAGAAAUGCCCACAGUGAAUUAAAGCUUCAUAAUCUGC